CAGCAGCAGUGUCCACCAUCUACUUUUCAGCGUCGAGGGAACCUAUCGUACGUCUGCAUCUCGAUCCAGCGCUAGCUGUGCUCGUGAUUCUAUUUGUCUUGGCCUUCCAGAUGCUAAUCUAUAGGGAGCUCCUCCUUCCGGCAUACAACAAGUAAAUUAUCCUCUACUUCGUGUUGACUUGUUGUACGGCGCUCGGCGCGGCCAUGGCAGUACAGCCGCUGCACUUCGUCCUGGUGCCGCUCCUCGCGCCGGGCCACGUCAUCCCCAUGCUCGACCUGGCACGCCUCAUCGCCGGCCGCGGCGGCGCGCGCGUCACCGUGGUCCUCACUCCCGUCAGCGCCGCGCGCAACCGGGCCGUCCUGGAGCACGCUCUCCGCGAGGGGCUCGCCGUCGACGUGGCCGAGCUGCAGUUCCCGCGCCCGGCACUGGGGUUGCCCGAGGGGUGCGAGAGCCACGACAUGGUCACCGAGCCCUCCCACAUCAUGCUCUUCUAUGAAGCCGUGUGGCUGCUCGCCGGGCCGCUGGAGACGUACCUCCGCGCGCUGCCACGGCGGCCGGACUGCCUCGUCGCGGACACUUGCAACCCGUGGACGGCCGACGUCGCGCGCCGGCUUGACAUCCCACGGUUCGUGUUCCACGGCCCGUCCGCGUUCUUCCUCCUGGCGCACCAUAGCCUGGCCAAGCACGGCGUGCACGACAACGACAGCGUCGCCGCCGGCGAGUUCGAGCAGUUCGAGGUGCCCGACUUUCCCGGGCGCGUCGUCACGAGCAAGGCCACGUCGCGUGGGUUCUUCCAGUUUCCUGGGAUGGAGAAGGAAAGGCGUGACGCGCUGCGCGCCGAGGCCACCGCCGACGGCUUCGUCUUCAACACGUGCGCGGCUUUCGAGAGCGCGUACAUCAAGGGAUACGGAGACGCGCUCGACCGGAAGGUGUGGGCGGUCGGACCGCUCUGCCUUCUGGACUCGGACGCGGAGACGACGGCCGGAAGAGGCAACCGCGCGGCCGUGGACGCCGGCCUGGUCGCCUCUUGGCUCGACGAGCGGCCGCACCAGUCCGUGCUCUACGUCAGCUUCGGCAGCAUGGCCCGCCUCUUGCCGUCGCAGCUCGCCGAGCUCGCCGCCGGGCUGGAAUCGUCAAAUCGGCCGUUCGUCUGGGUGAUUAGGGACUGGGAGACCGACGACCUCGACGCCGGGUUCGACGAGGGCGUGGAGGGCCGCGGACUUGUCAUCCGUGGGUGGGCGCCGCAGAUGACCAUCCUGUCGCACCCGGCGGUGGGCGGCUUUCUGACGCACUGCGGGUGGAACUCCACGUUGGAGUCGCUCUCCCACGGCGUGCCGCUGCUGACAUGGCCGCACAUCGCCGACCAGUUCCUGAACGAGACGCUGGUCGUGGACGUGCUCGGCGCCGGCGUCCGCGUCGGUGUUAAGGUGCCGGCCUUGCACGUGUUCCUGAAUCCCGAGCUAUACGCGGAACAGGUCGGGAGAGACGACAUCAAGUGGGCACUGACAGAGCUGAUGGAUGAGGGGGCGGGAAUACGGGCGACGGCGAAGAAGCUCGCGACGAUGGCAAGGGAGGCGAUGGCGGAGGGCGGGUCGUCGGACCGGGAUGUGGCCGAUAUGGUUCGCCAUGUGGGGGAGCUCGCGCAGAGGAAGGAGAAGGGCGUGCCCGAGCUUGGAAACAACGAGAAGACAGAUGGUCAAGUCAAAACUUCCGCUCUAGGAUAAUUAAGACAUGUACUAGUCCCUCAGUCUGAAAUUAUUUGUCAAAAAAUGAACGUAUUUUAGUUCUAGAUAGUAUAUCCAUUUUAGGGUAAUUUCAUACGAAGAGAGUACUAGACAUGAAUAACAGGACAUGCCGAUAUAGUGAGAGAGGCGUGGAGUACACCUAUUAUUCUCCUUAUCCUGUCCGUUUAUUUCCGUAUUUUUUGUUUAUUUCUAUUUUCAAGUGAGAAUGCUCCUUUUUUUUC